CGCGCUACCUAGGAGACAGGACGCGGGGGCCCUCAGCUGACAGGGCCGGUCAGGGCCGCACCCACCGGUCGCCAUGGAGCUACCCCCAGGGCCGCGCGACUAUCCCCGCGCUUGGGACGAUGACUCCGACUCGGAGCCAGAGCCUGACCCCGACUCGCAGGCCGAGGCUUACGUGGCCCGUGUUCUCACUCCGCCGCAACUCGGACUGGCGCCGCCGCGCGCCCCUCCACUGUCAGCUCCUGCCGCAUCGCCUGGAGCCUUGGAGACUCGGGCCGCAUCCAAGGGCCCGGUCAUGGGCGUCCCGGGCCUGCUGAGUCUUCCCCCGGAGCUGCUGCUCGAAAUCUGCGCCUACCUGGACGCACGCCUCGUGCUCCACGUCCUGCCGCGCGUGUGCCACGCGCUGCGCGACCUCGUGCGUGACCAUGUCACCUGGAGGCUACGUGCGCAGCGACGUGUACGCGCGCCCUAUCCAGUGGUGGAAGAGGAGGACUUUGACUGGCCAGCGGCAUGCAUUGAGCUAGAGCAGCACCUGUCACGCUGGGCAGAGGAUGGACGCUGGGCUGAGUAUUUCUGCCUGGCCGAUGGGCACUUUGCUUCCAUUGACUCCGUGCUGCUGCUCCAGGGUGGGACCCUGUGUCUGUCAGGUUCCCGAGAUCGCAAUGUCAAUCUGUGGGACCUGCGACAGUUGGGGGCAGAGCCCAGUCGGGUCCUGGUCAAGGCCCUGGGCUCCCAGCAGAACAGCACCCACAAGGGCUGGGUGUGGUCUUUGGCAGCGCUGGACCAUCGAGUGUGCUCUGGUUCCUGGGACAGCACGGUGAAACUCUGGGACAUGGCAGCAGAUGGGCAGCAGUUUGGUGAGAUAAAGGGCAAGGCAGCUGUUCUGUGCUUGUCCUACCGGCCUGACAUCUUGGUGACGGGCACCUAUGACAAGAAGGUGACAAUCUACGACCCCAGAGCCGGCCCGGUCCUGCUGAAGAGCCGGCGGCUGCACUCUAGUGCUGUGCUGGCGCUGCUGGCGGACGACCGGCACAUCAUCUCGGGCAGCGAGGAUCACACCCUUGUAGUGUUUGACCGCCGGACCAACAGCGUCCUGCAGCGGCUGCAGCUGGACUCCUACCUGCUUUGCAUGUCCUACCAGGAGCCCCAACUCUGGGCUGGAGACAACCAGGGCUUGCUGCACGUAUUUGCCAAUCGUGAUGGCUCCUUCCAGCUUGUCCGGUCCUUUGAUGUGGGCCACAGAUCUCAGAUCACAGGGAUCAAGCACUCACUGGGGGCUUUGUAUACCACGUCCACUGAUAAGAGCAUCCGGAUACAUGUGCCCACAGACCCACCAAGGACCAUCUGUACUCGAAGCCACCACAAUGUGCUGAAUGGGAUAUGUGCUGAGGGCAAUCUGGUGGUGGCUGCCUCUGGGGGCCUGUCACUGGAAGUCUGGAGGCUGCAGGCCUGAGCUGAUGGAGUGGAUGUGGAUCUGCCUGCUGGCUGACUGAUCCUCAGGCUUUGUUCUCAGGGGAAACCUCCCCAAUGUUGGUGCUGCCUCUGCCUGCCCACAUAGGCCUAGGACACAAGAAGUCUGUACCAUGGUGGGGCAGGGUCCCAGGCCACAGGAGGGGAGGUUGGUGUUGUGUCCCCCCGCCCAGAGGACUGCUCCCCUGCUUUGGGGCCCUGUAUUAUGAUUCGGAUUCCUGCUUUCUGUUGAGUGGGAAGGAGAAAUAAACCUUAUAUGUUGGUGCUCUGGUCUUCCCCAAGGAUGCUGCCUGAGUCUGCUUGGGCUGGGAUCUGGGGACUCAUUUGUGACUGUGUCUCAGCAGCUUCUGAGAUAGUCAUGGCUAUGUCUAGGCGUACCUGUGCCCAUCUAAGAGCAUUUCUGCAGCUGAGCGUGUCACCUGGGAGAUGGGUUUGGAGGUGGGUUUGGGGUAACCCUGCAUGUAUAUGCAUGUCUGUGCAUUUGAGGUAGGUGUGUAUAAGGAAGGGUGAGAUUAUCACAUGUGGGUACCUGUUUGCAUUAUGGUGUCUGAAUGAUCAUAUGUGGGUAUGUGACGAGUAAACAGGGACUCUGACCUGAGCUAUGUUUUGGCAGUGUGAGAGGGGACUUGCUAAUGCCACCCCCUAGGUGCAGGGCUGUGUUCUUCCUUGGACAGCCCAGGUCAUGUGUGCCACUAUGGCCAUGACCCUGAGUGGGUGGGAAGGGAGGCUGGACUAAGUGUAUACUUGACUCCCACAAGCAUGCACUCCCCCCUGUGCCCUCUAUGCUCCCCAUUGUAGCCCAGCUGAGCCAUGCCCUGGAGAGAUUCACUUCAUGUUUAUUGAGGUCCCCUGGGUCAUCAAGGUCACAGGAUGGCACAGGGCUUCUUCUCCUUGAAGGGGUUGGUGGCAGCAGGGAUGCCCACAAGGAAGGGAUCGCUCUUGGCCUGCUCUGUGCAGAACUGCAGCAGAUCAGCAGCCGCCUUGGAUACCUGCAGGGCAGCCCAGUUAGUCAGAGCCCAGCUUAUCCACCUGAUCUCCGACCCAAGCAUGCCCACCUUACCCCAGCCCUCACCUUUACUCGGUCGAUGCCUGCCUCCAUCCGCAGCUGUUCCACAGCCCGCCGGGCCUGCCCGAUGUCAGUCCCAAUGGCCACCUUGCCAGACAUCUGGAGGAGGGUAAGCAUGUCCAUAGGCAGUGGGUUUGACCCCAGACCCCAAGCCUCAAGGUUACCUGAGGUCCCUGUAUGUCCCCUGUGUCUCCUGGGGACUGUGGGAUGGGGGUGGCUGCUCCCCAACCCCCAUCAGGACCACAUACCUCAGCUGAGGACUCGACCUGACUGCUCAGUCCUCCAGCGGCGCUGCUCUUGCUCUGGCUCCCUCCACUCACUGGCCUGGCCUCUCCAACCCCCUCCAGUGUCCUUCCCCAACCCCUGUGGAGACUUUGAAGCCAGGAUGCUCAUGGAGCGAAAUGUCACCAGUGGCAGCAGCAGCUGCCUUAGUGGAGGGGGCCCCUGUCCCAAGGGGCCGGGUGCUGCCCUGUUGUCACAUGGCACCUGGGUCCCUGCAGGCUGAAAGAUUUGGCUGGGGGUAUGGGGGGACCCUGGUAUGACCCUUGAUUUCUGCUAAGCCCACCACUCCUCUUUUGCCAGUUUCUUUGUCCCCCAAUAUACAGAGUUUUCUCCAGACUCCAGCCCUGUCACUCCUGUCAGUCUAUAUUCAGCACCCCCAGGGGAUUUCAUCUACAAAUGAUAGUCCACAUGCUUAUGCUGAUGGUUUCCAGUGUCCCCAUCCUACCCAUUCUCUGACCUCAAAACUCCAAGGAUCUUUCUGCCUCCUGUGAUGGUCCAUCACAUCUGUCUCCUCAAAUUCAGCCAAAGCUGGACUCUGAAUCAUCUUCCUCCUAGAUCUUCUGUUCCCAAGUUCACCACCAUCAACCCAAUUGCCCUGGCCCAAAUCUUGAACUCUUUCAUUCUUCUCUUUCUGUGUCCCUACAUCUAAUCAUUCUCAAGAGUCAUCAGCUCAACUUUCAAAUUAGGUUCUCAAGUUGGUCACUUCUUUCUACCAUGUUGGUACUACCUGGUCCCAUGCCAUCUCUACUCCCUGGACCAGUGUGCCCUCCUUGCCUUGGUCUCCCCUGUCCUUCUACUUCCCUGCACCUGCUCUCCCCAA